AUGACGGAGCAGAAAGCGUCACCUUUGCUUACCUUGCCGCCAGAGCUCCGCAAUAUCAUCUGGCACUGUUUGCUUGUCCAGACUAGGGACGAGUCGUCGCGGCCGCCAGAUCGAUUCUGUGCGAGCGUCUUGCGCACCUGUAAACAGAUCCAUUACGAAGGCACCGAGAUACUCUACGGCGAGAACGUAUUCCUGGCCCAUCCCUCACUCUUGGCAACGCUGCCAUCAUUCUUGCUUCGCUCGAAGCCGAACCGCAUCUGCCUGCCGCCGGUCACGACACCGAGACUGACCAACAUCAUCAGGAGGUACUUUAUUCACGUCCGACUGGACACCGAUCCGCGGUUCAGCAGAUCGCAGGUUGAGGAAAGCUUUAGCGGUGCCGAAGAGCUCGAAAUCGAAGUCUUCCAAGCAAUGUACGGAAGUUGCGACUUCAGCGUGCUCAACCUUUUCGAAGGUGUUCGCGGUGUCGGCAAAGCCGUUGUGCAGGGCAGCGUAGGCGACGGCAGGUAUGCAGACUGGCUCGCACGUUGCAUGAUGAGCGAGCCUGGGUCGACAGUACCAGCAUAUUCUGAGAAGUACAUUGGUGGCAGCAAGGUUUGGUCCGCGUGGCAGCAUGGCAACAGAUGA